GGGGCCGACGGCCUUGCGAAGGUUCCAGAGGCGCCGCGUGCAGGGAGCGGGUGUGCGCGGAGGUUGCGGCUUGUGCGGUUCGGCCUCAGCUCUGGGUGCGGCGUUUCCGGCCUCCCCUGCGCGGUUGUAGCUUGGGCCUUACGGACCCAGCCGGAAUGGCUUCAGCUGCGGAAGAGCUACAGAAAGAUCUAGAAGAGGUGAAGGUGCUGCUGGAAAAGGCCACUAGAAAAAGAAUACAUGAUGCCCUUACAGCUGAAAAAUCCAAGAUUGAGACAGAAAUCAAGAACAAGAUGCAACAGAAAUCACAGAGGAAAGCAGAACCUCUUGACAAUGAAAAGCCAGCUGCUGUGGUCGCCCCCAUUACAACGGGAUAUACAGUGAAAAUCAGUAAUUACGGAUGGGAUCAGUCAGAGAAGUUUGUGAAAAUCUAUGUCUCUCUGACUGGAGUUCAUCAAGUCCCUGCUGAGAAUGUGCAGGUGCAUUUCACAGAGAGGUCAUUUGAUCUUUUGGUAAAGAAUCUAAAUGGGAAGAGUUAUUCCAUGAUUGUGAACAAUCUCUUGAAACCCAUCUCUGUGGAAGGCAGUUCAAAAAAAGUCAAGACAGAUACAGUUCUUAUCUUAUGUAGAAAGAAAGUGGAAAACACACGGUGGGACUACCUGACUCAGGUUGAGAAGGAAUGCAAAGAGAAAGAAAAACCCUCCUAUGACAAUGAAACAGACCCUAGUGAGGGAUUGAUGAAUGUUCUAAAGAAAAUUUAUGAAGAUGGAGAUGAUGAUAUGAAGCGAACCAUUAAUAAAGCCUGGGUGGAAUCAAGAGAGAAGCAAGCCAAAGGAGACACAGAAUUUUGAGACUUUAAAGUCCAUUUGGUAACUGUGAUGUGGAAAUAUUAUGUUUUCAAUAAAGAAAUUUGGUGAGUUGCACAGAUACAUCUGACAGAUAACCAUUUACACAGCCUCCUAAGUAAAGGCAGUAAAUUCUCCAUUUCAUUCUGUCUGGAGGAUUUAUUUAAAUAAAAUACACUUAUUAAACACUUCCUCCAAAGAUGGUUUCCUUAGUAACCUGGUCAUUUUGUUCAAGAAAGAUUAAUAAUGCAUUUCUGUGUGAAAUGUAAAAAAGCAAGUCUUGACUAAUGCAAAUGCCAUUGUUCAAUGUAGAGAUAGAAAAGUUAUUGUUUGCUUUUAAGUUCCUGACAUCAGCUCCCUCCAGUGUAAGAAUUAUUAAAAAUAAAACCUGAAUUUUUGCAUAAAA